ACCUUAUCCCUCUCGCUUCGCCUCUUUCUCUCUGACUGUUCAGUGUUUUGUGCGCCACAGCACUGCAAACUUGACAGACGUAGGCUUCAUUUGGACUGUGGACCGAUAUCAUAGCCUACCUUAUUGUUGGACUCGUGGGACAUUCAUAACACUUUAGAGAUGAAGUAGUCAGAUUCAAAAACGAUUUUAGCAAUAUCGUAUUCUGUAAAAGGACGGUAUCCUUUGUCCUUUAAAAUCGGUUGUGUAUUUAGACUAAUCCUGCUCUGUUCGGAACUCAAUUUUGAAAUUCAACUUUCUCUUAUUCAAUUUCCCAGUCUGGACUACCAGAAAUCAAGGUUGAUUUGUGGAUUAUCUGGACCAGAACUCACCGUAGCUGUUUGAAGGACCACAAUGGCUGGGUACUCUAGAGACCUGGUUCAAACCUUGCCUUGACAACACAGUUUACAAUUAAAUGUGAGAAAGGAACAACCAUCACAUAACUCUCAGCACCAAUCAGGUGUUUCUGGUCUUGUUGCGUAUUAAAUCAGACUUCAUCAGACAUCACCAUGCCUAUUCUCAAGCAGCUAACCUCGAACCAGUCCAAGCGUCGCUCCCGGGCCGACCUGACUGUGGAGAUGAUCAGCGCCCCUCUGGGGGACUUCAGACACACCAUGCAUGUGGGUCGUGGCGGGGACGCCUUCGGGGACACCUCUUUCCUAAGUACCCGGUCUGGGGAGCCGCCUAAAGAACAAGUGCCAGAGGUCCAGCAGAGCUCCCCUGGACCCAAACCAGGCCUGCUGUCCCGAACCUUCAGGAGCAGCAAGCGCUCCCAGUCGGUGAACCGCGGUGACAUGUACAAGAACAACUCGUUGGCGCCCCCCGGUGGCUCGCCAAACUUUGUGAAGAACGCCAUCUCCCUGCCCUACCUCAAUGACGAGGACGUGGUAAGGAUGGGCGGUGGUCAGCAGAUGCCCAAGAGUGUCUCCUCCAGCCCCCUGAAGAAGCUGCCCGAGGUCGAUGGAAUCAGAAAACCAGUCAACGGUGCCUCGGCCAUGGCUAUGCUGGAUCUGGAGUUUGACGAGCGUAACUUUGGAGAACUGACUGACCUGCCCCCAUCACAUCCUCGGGGUGGCGGGAUGAAGCACGCGGAGUCCAUCAUGUCAUUCCACAUUGACCUGGGACCCUCCAUGCUGGGGGACAUCCUCAGCGUCAUGGAAAAGAAGGGCUGGGAGGAAGACGACCUGGGGUACGAGGAGGGGAAGGGCAGUGAGGGCCGCGGGUCACCCCCCUUUAGCCCUCCCACCACGGAGGAUGAGAUCGAGGACCAGGUGGAUCUACAGGCUCCAGUCAGGCCCCCACGCACCUAUCCUCAGCAGAAGGUCAUGGCCGACCCCCUCUACACCCCUCGCAGGAACUACCACCCCCACAGCCACCUGGACAGCUGCUCUGUGUCCUCCUCCGGCUCUGCCGCUCUUGAGGAGAAACCACUCCACCAUCUGCAGGAGGGGGACACGGACAGCGCCAAGUACAGCUCUCGGGGGGCUGGAGGGGAGGACGAUAAAGACUUCUCCUUCAUGGACGAGGAUGAUGAUGAGAUCAGGGUGUAAAACAGAACAGGGCUGUAAUGUCACCACCACAGAACGUGGUUAAUAAGGACACCAGAACGUGGUUUGUGAGGUCCCCGAAGGAGACAAUUAUUUUUCAUGAGUUUUGAUGCUAUAAUAAGUCUGGGAGGGGUUGGGAGCACGAUAAAGACUGGAAAAAUCCCCACAAAUGGAUCUAUCCUGAGAACUUCUAUACGGGGACAUCCUGUUCUGCUAUACCUCCUGGAUCAGGAAUACACAUACACCAUCUGUUAUUUAACCGUAUUUACUCCUGUGUGUGUCCAACUGUUAAUCGAAACGAAAAUGCCUGUCCCAUGAGUCCAUUUCUCCAGCCCAUUACAGAAUUCCGUGUCGACCACUAACUCUCUCUCACACACACACACACACACACUGCAACUCUGAGACACCAGUUAUUGGUUUGAGGGAUUCUUUUUUGUAGAACUAUGAUCUGUCAUUAUGAUGAUCUAAUCCCACAGUUCCAAUAUGUCAUUAAAGUGUGUUUCUCCUUAUAAGGGGAUCAACCCUUAUAUCCACUCAUUCAACAUGAACCAUAUCCCAGCAUUGUCUUUCCAUUCAGAGGAUUUCCCUUCAUGGUUACCAUAGCUACAGUCCUGGCUACAGUACAAGCAUAUUCCUUAUUGCCCAUUAUUAGGUAAGGGAAAACUAACCAGCGGUCAUGACACUGAUUGUCACAUUCUUUGAAAGCGGACAUAUGGAGAUUGACAGAGGUCACAAAGGUCGACGCGUGAACUGUUGAUCACCCAGGUGGCGGUGUAAUGCGUGGGGUGUAGAGUCAUGUGAGGUCACGGACUGAACUGUAUAUUUCCCACACUGCUUUGGAGAAAGGAAGUGAAAUGUAUCCCAGCAUUCUUUGGGGCAUUGACUGGAUUGUAUGUGUAUGUGUGUGUUGAGUGAGGUGAGAUGCAGUUAAAAUAUUGGUUUUGUUAAUGUUCAAAGGGUAAAUAAAGGUGGCUUCUCCUAUGUUUACUACAUACAGAAUUGAUAAGUUGGUCUUCAGGUUCUUAAUCAAUGGCACAACUUGGAUGUUCAUUAUUCCAACCAUUUGUCUGCUUUAUUGUACUCUUCACUAGACAUACUCUAUACAGCCAACACACUCUGAAGUCCUAAGUUAUCAGUUAGCUUGUUUCGUUUGUUAUCUAAUAACUACUUCUAAUAAGGGGUCGAUCAUAUUGUGCACUGUUUUAAGUCACCAUGUUGAUUGGAGGAAUUUAGUUAAAGGUUGGAUUUUGGUGAUCUUUAGUUGUUCUAAAGCCUAACGUACUAGCCUACUCAGUGAGCCAGCUUAAGCCUUAGCUUUGGAGUUGAUUAGGCUAGGUUUGGGUUUGGCCGUGAGUCCAUGGCACUUUAGCUUAGAUCAAUGGACUCAGUCAUAUAUCCCCUGCAAGCACUGCCAAGGUGUAGCAACAGCUCACUCCCUAAAACACUAACUAUUGUACACAACAAAUCGUUGUUUUGUUUCCAUGUAAAUGUUUUAAAUUAACUUGACUCAUUAUUAAAUACAAAAAAAUGAAAAUUUUGAAAAUAAAUGGCCUUUUUGUAGAAGCUUUCAUGACCAGUAGUGCUUUUAUUGUACAAAUGUUUAGAAACCGAUGGAAACAAAUACAUAACUCACAGGAGCAGAGAUGGUGGUUGUGAACAAGAGAAGUGACCGUAAAGUAGACUGUCAUAUCUAUGUGGUCAUCUCUUCCCCCGUACACACCCUAGGCUUGUAGGAUCAGGAGAAAGAGAGGAGUUUGAAGGGAGGAGGGUAUCAGUAAUAGGAGAACACUAGUUAUAAGUGACAAUAUUACCCUCCUCUCGCCAUUGUGCCACGCAGACCUGGCUACUGUAGGAGCAGAUUGAAUCAGCACACCCUCUGGCUUCCCUCUCAUUCAUAAACAUACUGUAGGAGCAGAUUGAAUCAGCACACCCUCUGGCUUCCCUCUCAUUCAUAAACAUACUGUAGGAGCAGAUUGAAUCAACACACCCUCUGGCUUCCCUCUCAUUCAUAAACAUACUGUAGGAGCAGAUUGAAUCAGCACACCCUCUGGCUUCCCUCUCAUUCAUAAACAUACUCUAGGAGCAGAUUGAAUCAGCACACCCUCUGGCUU